AUGAGGAAGUUUCGCGAUAGAUUCAUAAGGCACAAAUCCAAGCCUAUACAGAGUCCGUCUGUUGCGGCUGAAGAGGAGGAUGGAUCUAGAAAUCACUCACCGGUAUGUGGAUGUGCUCAAUCUCGUCCUGGUCAGCAUUGUUGGCUGUUUACCAGACACCUUCCCGUCAUUCCCAUUCAGCAGACUCGUCCACUGAUAGAGACGGCUCUACGCCUCCGAGAGUCGCCCAGCAAUUUAAAGAGGAAGAUGGGACGAAAAACUUCUGGAAGCUGGCAUACAACGCUCUCCUCCAGGACAAACACAAGCGGGAACACAUGGACACUUAUGAGAAUGCGAUUCUCAAGCCUCGACGCUCAGGGACACGAAUCUGCUGGUCUCAGCAUGGCCGAACGCCAGAAACAUAUGUCCCAGGUUGCAGAGAAGAAUCUUAAAAAAGCCCCCAUCUGGGGUUUCACCGAGAAAGUCACCAAAUCGCUUCUUUUCGCAAAAGACUUCAUAUCUGCCGCUGCCAGCGCGAAUCCACAUAUCGGCCUGGCUUGGGCUGGGGUAUGCGUCCUUCUGCCGUUACUUUUAAAUCCGGUAGAACAACCUAACUCUCUCAAAGAAGGUGUUGAGUAUAUUUUCGAUUUGACAUGCCGUUUCACCGUUGUCGAACGUGUCUAUCAACAGCAGAAUGACGCAGCAAGUCAUGCCUCUCAUGAUGAUGCUCGCUUGAAUCUGAUCAGGAACUUUGAAGCUAAGAUCACGCAGCUAUUACUCUCAAAUUCUUGA